AUGGCGAAUUCCAUAUCUUCAAUCUCUAUGCCGCAAUGUUUGUUUGGUAGUCACAAAUCAAUUCCAUGUCAGAGGUCGAGCAAUCUCAUUCUCAACCACUCAUCAAAGCAUCAUCCUCCAUUAUCUUCUUCUCCGGCUUCCGUCGUAGAAACUGGUGAAGACAACGACCUCACUUUCAGUGGUUGCAGAGGAUGUGGGAAGGAAGAAAAAGAGAGUGGUUGUAAUGGUGAAGGACGGAUUCAAGGCGGUAUUGCGACUGUACCUGGUUUCGGUUGGUGGCCUAUUAAGGCUUACCGGCCUUGUCCUGCCUUUGUUGAGGCCGGAGGUAGAUACCGACGCUUAGGCCAGAGCAUGGACGAGGUUGCAUUUGGUCGUGGUGGUGACUCUAAAUCCUCCACCGAUUCGCAGCUAAAAGGUAUGUGUAUGCAUACAAUCAAAAAGAAACAGAGUCAAUCUUUUACCUAA